CACGCCCACAUUUCUUUCCAGCAUGGUGGACUAAAGCGUCGCUGUUUAUUAUUGUUCCAAAGUGAACCUAGCUAACGUUAUAUGUCUCUUUAUGUGACUGUGUGGGGUUUCAUGGCGCAUGUCCUGCUGGCUCUCGUCCUCGAGACGAGGAAAUAGAUAUCAGACGACAGAAUCCGACCUUAACUCGACUGUCGCUUGUUAGCUUGUCGUCACUCGUGAAGAAUGAAGACCUCCAACGGAAACACGUCCAUCGUGGACAUGUUUGAAAAGGGAAAGGUCCUGAAAAUAUGUGCACCAAUGGUUCGAUAUUCAAAGCUUGCAUUCAGGUCCUUGGUGAGGAAAUACGACUGUGAUAUCUGCUUCACCCCGAUGAUAGUCGCUACUGACUUCAUGCAAUCUGUCAAAGCCAGGGACAGCGAGUUCACCACCAAUGAGAGUGACCGGCCCUUGAUAGUGCAGUUUGCUGCCCAUGAUGCCCAGACUCUGGCCGAUGCAGCCUGUGUGGUCGCACCUUUCUCUGAUGGAGUUGAUCUCAACUGUGGCUGUCCCCAGAGAUGGGCGAUGUCAGCCGGGUAUGGUGCGUGCCUCAUCAACAAGCCUGAACUUGUGAAAGACAUGGUCAGACUUGUCAGAAAUCAAGUGAACAAUCCAAACUAUACAGCGUCCAUCAAAAUUAGAAUUCACAAGGACCUGAGGCGGACAGUGGAUCUGUGCCAGAAGGCCGAAUCAGCAGGUGUGUCAUGGAUAACGGUCCACGGCCGCACGGCAGAAGAACGCCACCAGCCAGUCCAUUAUGAGUCCAUCAAGACCAUCAAAGACAGCGUAUCCAUUCCUGUAAUCGCCAAUGGGGACAUAAAGUACCUCCGUGAUGUGGAGUCCACUCACCAGCUUACUGGUGUCGAUGGUUAUCGCCAGAGGUCCUCGCUGGAGAUGACGCUGCAAUGGACGGUUGUGGCUCUCUUUCUCUAUGUGGAGAUGGGCAUCCUUGUGAUGCUCUGUCUGCCUUUCAUCUCAGCCAGGAGAUGGCAGAGCAUCUUCCAGCUGAAGAUCUGGAGCUGUGUGACAAGGUUCUGGAACAAAGUGUUUCUCACAAUGAUCAUAAUACUCAUUGUUCUCUUCCUUGAUGCAGUGCGUGAGGUGAGGAAAUAUUCAGCUAAAGAGCUUGGCACCAACGUCAAGCUGCAGCCAAACAUGUUUGAUCACCUGCACAUGAAGCUUUUCAGAGCCCAGAGGAACCUUUACAUCUCUGGCUUCGCUGUCUUCCUCUGGCUGGUUAUGAAGCGUGUGGUCACCUUAAUUAACCAACUGGCUUCAGCGUCUGGCUCUACGGCUGCUCUUCAGGCGCAGGCUGACAAUGCUACCCAGACUGCAAAUAAAUACAAAGAGGACAAUGAGCUGCUGAAACAGACUCUGAUGAAUGGGAAGGGUGAUAAGGCCAUCGCAGAGGGCAUGACGCUGUUGAGAAAAGAGGUGGAGAAACUGAAUGAAGAACUGAGGACCUCAGGAGAUGCACUGACGAACUCUCGGUCAGAAGCCGAUGUAAUGAAGAAGCAGAUGGAGGGCCUCGCCAGGGAGUAUGACCGGCUGCUGAAGGAACAUCAAGAGCUCCAGAAUCUUGAAGACAGUGAAAACAAAAAAGACGACUAGUUAUUGUAAGAUACUUAGUGUACUUAGUGUUUACACAGAAAAUUAACCCAAUCACGAGAGAGCCACAACACAUACUUUACCUUCAUAUAACAGCGUGUGUCACAGUGCACAUCAUAAAACAAGGAGAUACAGACUUUUGCUGAUAUCUGUAAUGGUUUUAAAGCAUGGGGGCGAGGCGGUUUAUUGGAAGGAGUAAUAUUGGAUGAUUUCUUGUUUCUGCCUAAUGCCUUUCUUUGCAGAUGUUAAAAGAAAUAUGCAACAAGGAUGAGUGUUGCUUCAUGGUUUGUCAUUAGCCCGGUGCAUAUUGUAGAGUGCACGAUUUCUCAAAAGCUGGAGCAGCUAUGAAUGUAUUUUUAUACUUAUUUCUGUGUAGCAGGGACACAUGCUGCAACCACUUUGAGCUGAACAGUCAGUGCUUGUAUGUUAUGCAAAUAUAGAUGGCAUUUACAGUUGCACUUCACAUGUUGUUGUUGUAUUCCAGCUGGUGAUCUGUACAACUGGUGCAUACAUUUUGUUUUCUUUUUUGUUCCCUCCUUAACUUGAACUUGUAAAAGUUGAAGAUGGAUAUAGAUACAACUGAAUACCUGUAGGAAUUGAAAAUUGGAUUCAACCACUUAUGUAUUCACUUAAAACGUUGAAUGUCCAUACUUGCUGCACCGUGUGUUGUGCUGUGUGUUGUGAAAAGUUGUGUUAUAUUUCCGUUACCCACACAGUCCAUGUCACUGAAAGAGGAGAUGAGAUUGCAAUCACCAGAUGCUUAACUUCUUUUUUUUUUUAUUGAAAAAUUAAUAGGUUAUUGGGUUUACCAAAGUUACCUUUCUGGUCUUAAAAUUGCAAAAAAGUCCUAUUUAAAUUGUAUUCUGAUAUUUCUGUGCCUUUUUUAGCUCCAAUUUGUGUAAUAAAGAUACAUUCCUCUGA